AUGAAGAGCGUUCUGAAAGACCAGCAAAAAAGGGGGUUCGAAGGGAAUGCAAUUCAUGCGUCUUGCCGAAUUUCCCCGAUGGAAGGAAUUAUUCCGUUACAAAAACACAAGACGUAUCACAUCAAAGACGAGCAAUUGGCCAAGGACGGGUUCAAGAAGUUCAUGAAGAACGAGGACUGCAGCUACGACACGUGUCGCUUCAACAAGCUGAGCAACCACAUCCACUGCGUGCGCCAGGGCUGCAACUACGUGCUCCAUUCUUCCGGCCAAUUGUAUUCGCACAAGCGGAAACACGAGCGACUGGACACCGAAGCUGCUUACAGACGCAUGCGGUACUCGCAGGGCAUCCUGACUCCGCAGGGCCGCGAUGGGUUCCAACCCUCCAGUCCCCUGGGCUUGAUCCCGGGGCUCAACAUGCCGCACGGGGGUCUUUCCGUUUCUCUGCCGACAUUGUCGCCUUCCGACGGCAGCCCGGUGAGCACGCCGAGUUUCAACAUGCGACAGGGCAGCCCGGAUCCGUCGAGCCAGAACAACGUGUACUCGUCAGCGUCGUCACCGGGGUCCUGCGGCGGCGACACGAGCAGCAGCUUCAGCGUGGCGCCGAUGGGCUUCGACUCCAUCCCCAUGGCAGUUGCCAUGGCCCUGGACUCGGAAGACCUGUGGCGAAAAUAUCUCAAGAGAUUCAACCCGAAGGAGCCCUGUGUUCCCGGCUGUGACCUCGUCGAUGCUGCUGGUGCUCAUUACCAUUGCCAGGUUCCUGGCUGCUUGGCAAGUUUUUGUUCUCCAUUGGAGGUUAAGGAGCACGCGAGGAAUCAUCAGCUCCAGGAAACGGUGACACAGCAGUUUUACUCCAUUAGUGGACCCGGUUUUCCGCCAUGCCCGACUGACUUUUGCCAAAAUGAAGACAAAAUUCAUUAUCACUGCAAAUGGGAUGGUUGCAUGGAAACAAUUUUGCUGGGCGACCCGAAACCUUUCCGACGACUGGAUCAUUACCGAAUUCACGAGUACUCCAAGAAACUCGGCUUGAAUCCGCCGAUGUCGUCCGCAGCGAUGCAAACCGUCGUCAGCGCCUCGACAGUGUCGAUCCCCGGCGCAGUGACGUUGACGAGAAAUAACCUGCUUUCGACCCCCGACAAUGACAGUAAGUCGAAGCUGGAGAACCCGUUGCUGAUAGGAAACACAGUCGUCACUGGUGGCCUCGGGAACAGCGGGCCGGUUUCGUCGGGUCCCGGGGUAAUCGACGGGUUUUUCCGGCGAAAACGCGGCCGUCCUCCGAAUGACCGGCUGAUUCAGGUUUCAGGGUCUGUUCCGGGACUCGAGCCGCAAGCUAUUUUCGCGAGCUUCAAAUUGCCGAAAAAACAAGCGACUUUCCACGAAGUUCUUCCGGAGAAUCUGGGCUCGAAAGUUCAUCGGGACAUUGGUAACGCUGAAUCAAAUCUUCCAAUGAAAUUGGAAGUGGAGAACGGAUUUUACGUUUUGCCUGCGGACCAGCCGUGUCCCGAUCCGUUGUGUCCCUACCAGAUGACGCACCAUUACCACUGCGCUUCCCCGCGCUGCUUCACCGCGACUAAUCGAGAGGAUCAGGCGAAAUCACACGCGGACUUCCACGCGUCGACAGAGAUCGCUGCUUGCUUCGCAUACUUCGACUCCUCUGUCAGCUGUCGAGUCGUCGACUGCCAAAACAAAUUGCAAAGGCAUUAUCACUGCACGAUCCCGCAUUGCGGCUUUGUGUGUAACCACACUCAGGCGAUGACGCAACACGCUGACCAGCACUUAGACACCAUCACAAUGGUGGCUGCCAAAGCCGAGCAGCAUCACAUUCUGCAACAGCACCUUCUCAGCGCAGCGAAACGGGACCUUGUGGCCGAGAAUUUGGCACGAAACAAGCAAGACUCGAAUAGUGCGCAACAGAUCCCGUCGUCGCAACCCCCAUUGCUCAUCCGAAGGGAAGACAGCGAAAUCAUCGGCCUACUGAAAUCGGAGAAUUCUCGGAAAAGCGAGGAUGACGAAGACGAAGACAAGUUUUACCGGCGCUCGGAUGAGGAACCUUGUGGGUCUGAUCGGUCCACUGGAAGUCCUUCUGGACCUCCGCCGCCGUUGCUGCCCAUGUUCGACAAGGACAACGGGGAAUCGUCCAACAGUGGAACAGCAACAGCAGUUGUCAAAGCAGCUGGAACAUUCUACCCGUUGUCAGCGUUUCCGCCGAAACAAGCCGGACCCAUGGCCCGAACAGACGUGAAAGACGAUCCGUCACCUCCUCCUCCUGGCCCAAAUCACUCAAAACCCGAUCAUCCCACCAUCAGAUCCCCCGGAAGUGAUCGGAAUUUGACCCCGUCCCCCUCAAACCAACAAAACCUGUCAGCCAACAACAGCAGUGGAGGAGAUUCGGUUGGUAACAAUCCCAGCAGCGGUAGUUCGUCGGCCGAGCGAGUUCACUCACUCAACAUCUCGUCGCAAAACCCUGACAUCAGGAUUGUGGAUCACAGAAAGCUGUCCGACGGAGGCAAGAGAUCAGCGUUCCAAAUCGAGCUGAGCCCGAAAGACAUGGGCUUUCAGCACCAGUCGAAGGAUCUGUUUCGUCCGCAUGCUGAUGCUUCAGCAGGAGCUGCUUCAAAGCUGUUCUCGCCAGGAUCAGUGGCUGGAAAUGCCACCCAACAACUCCAAUUAGCCCAACAACGACACACUGCCCCCUCAUUCCCGGGUAUCAAAUCGCCGACAUCGCCCUCCGUGAUCCCUUCUACCAGUGGUCCCAACAAUAGCUUUGUUUUCGGGCACCCUGCUGCUGGAGGAGGUAGCAGCAGUGCAUUGUUGCAGCCUCAUCAAGCAAAUCUACAAGCCUUGCUCGCUGGGCACCAGCAAUACAGUCCUGAUAAUGCGUGUGGAAGGCCAUUUUGCAAACUGAAGAAGCGGGAGCAUUUCCACUGCAAUAUUUGCAACCAGGCAUUUUCCGAAGCUGACCGAUUGCAGCCGCACAUUCAGAAGCAUUUGCUGGGGUCGUCCGGGUCAAAUUCAAGCCUGUAUCCACCGAACAUCAUGCUGCCUGUUAAACCCGAACAACAAAGUCCAAAUGGAACCAGUCAACAAAGUCGGACGGAACCUGAGCCUUCUGCACUGACGCAGGCCUUGAUGGCCAAUGGUAGAGCAGAUGAUCCCGAGAAGAAAUCUGCAAUAUUCCCAGGGGCAAUUGUGUCAUCAGCGAAUCCGUUUGUGACUCCUGCGCAAUACGCACAAAUGUUUGCGCACCCAGGAUCACCAGGUGGCAGAGGAGCUAUGUUUCCCUAUGGCCCAGCGUUCCUCAUGGCUGCACAGCUUUCUGCGCUACAAAAUGCAGGAAUGCAAUCUCCUCAUGGUUACGAAUCCUUCGGGCCGAAAUCACCAAUGAUGGAUGGCAUGGAGCCGAACAGAAACAUGAUGCUCGGGAAACGACCCGGAUCUCCAGCUCAAUCGGUAGGAUCUCCUUCAGACGACAAGCGACCAAGAGUGCCGAGCCUUAGGCUUCUGAAAGACGAGCCAGUCCCUGAAGGAUAUGUACGCUACAGGUUCAACGAAGAUUGUUCUUAUGCACAUUGCGGCUACCGGGAGCAUCAAACUCACUUCCACUGCACACGUCAAGAUUGUGGCUAUUCGUUCUGCGACAAGACACGGUUCGUGCAGCAUACGGCCCGACACGAGCGUUUGGAUACCCUGAUGGGUGGUGAUUUCUGCCAAUACCGCGCUCACAUGCCGUGCAACCGACCCAACUGCCCGUACUCCCCAUCACCGGGCACUCAGCCGAACAAGGCAUCGCAUUUCCAUUGCAUAAAAUGUGAAUUCGUAUGCUCGGAUACUAACAAAGUGGUUGCACAUCGACGGCAACACCAAAAGAUGGAUUCAAUAAAUGCCGCCGGAUUCUCGAAGGCUACCCCGGGUGUAGACUGUGGUGUGUCGCAGUGUGCCCACAACCGACGGCAAACGCACUACCACUGUUUGCUCUGUCGUUUUGCCGUGCUUGGCUUAUCGCAAAUGUCUGCCCACAAGUACCGUCAUCAGAACGAGUACAACGAUUUUGUUCAGCGUACCGAGUCAUCGUCGAAUUGAGGUUUGCGCGACUUUAUUUUGUUUCGGGAGAUAUUCGUUUUUGGUUCAAGCGUAUUGAACCUCGAAUUUUGUAAGAAAAUCCAGACGGAAUCUGGAGCAUUUGAAGCUGCACGGUGACUUAUUUUUCCCCGUCGCUCUGGUUGUGCGAGUGCCUUCUGCAAAUAUUUUCCCUCCACUGUGAAACUUCUCCGUGCCAUUUUCUUGGGGUAUUAUGCGAAGAACGUACAGUAACUCGCGGACCACUGAAGAAUUGCUCACGCUAUCCGAAGUGUCCAUUCGAGAAAUGUUUCGAAGUAAUUUAGGAAAUCUUGAGCUAUGCUCGAUUCCCCCGUUAUUUCUCAAGCGGCCAUAUGGUAAUGUACUUUUUCUUGUUUAACCGCAGCAUUCAACGUAAUUUUGAGAGGGGUUGUAAGUGAAGGUUUGGAUGUUCUGGCGACUCGUGUGCAAAAAUUGUAUCGUUUCCGAUUGCCUCGUGGGAUCGUGGACGAUUAACAAAUUUUUGGAGCGCGGAAGAGCCACCGUGAAGCAACGCUGUGCCACAGAAUGAUAUCGAAAACUUGAAGAAAUAUUUUUCCCUCGUCUUUUUUUCCGAAACUGAGUUUCUAAAUUAUUCUUCGAAAGCUAAAGAAGACGUGUGUAUCAGGGAUUGGAAAGGGGGCGGGUCGAAAGAUAUUGUCUCCGUAGGUGCCUUGGCAGCGAUUUGAGGCGGAAAGUGACUUCAUGAGACUUACGCGGUAUGAGUACGGGGUUUGAAUAUAUUUGCCGCUGUCCGUUUUAUGACUUGUUUUCUAGGUAGUAUUGCGCUUUUGGAUAGAUGCGUAUGUCGAGGUAUUUUCUACACUUCCAUUGAACCUUGCUUUUUUUUUGGUGUGAAAUAUGGAUGAAUUUGUGUCAGCAGUUACUGAGCUUUUGAACGCGAGACAUUUUUGUGGAAAUUCGACGAUAUGCAUUAUGUAUUACGGUGUGUUUCGUGUGCUCAGUAAUUUCGACGGAUUUCCGUCGUUCGCGUCAGUGAACAGCUUAAAUUAUUCUUUUACCGCGUAAGAUGCCGGAGAUUGUACUGUAAUGUAAACUUGGUCGGAUUGACCAGUUUUCCAACUGUUGUACAGAGAAGCAGUCUCUUCUUUUGGCUCGGAAAGCACUGUGAUCAUGAGGCGUAACAUUUUGAUGGUCGCAUGUUGCGACGCAGUAUUAGAGAUAUAUUUGUUCGGAAGUGUUUCUUCUUAUUUAGUAACGAUUAGGAACGAAAGGCUUUUGUUUUGGCGUCGCUCGUACGAGUCGAAUUUUUGGUUGAAUAGUCAAUUUGUUCCGCAUGAAAUCGAUAUUCAGCAGAGAUUCAAGUGUUGCUGAGAUUACAUUUGUUUUGGUGAUUAUUGUUGAUGUAUUCGUUCCAGGUACGCGCGCCUAUUUUUUAUGGAUCUCUUCUGAAGAUCUAUCUGAUGUUAUGAUGUGGCUAAUGAUUUUGACUCUUCUAAACUUAGACGAUGAAUCUCUUAGCAAUUCUCUCGCAUAUUUUGAGACGCUUAGCGUAAAAGAUCUAUUGGCGCGGGAUUGUUUUUCACGAAAAUCGAUUUUUCGCAUGAAUCUCUGCUGUAUGAUAUUCUUGAGUAAUUUUCAAGCUGUUACCGUGACUUCGGAAAACUUUCCUUUGAACCUGCCAGGUUGGUUAGGCUUAAGUAAUACUCUGUAGCACUUCUCCGUUGAUUGAACACUGUGCGAGAAUGCCAGUCAGAAAUUUUUCCGUGAUUUGUGUCGUUUUGUGCAGAUAUUUGACGUCAAAAGCAAAAUGAAAAAUCGAUGAUCUUGUCA